GAUCGCCUCUCUUAACUUCCUUUCUUUCUUCCCUUAGCUGUGAAGGUGCAACAGUAAUCGGUCGUCCCGAAUCGGGUUCAUCCGACACCCUCACCAAUCAAGCUGAACUGAGCUCAACCUCGAUACCAAUAUGCCUCCUAAAUUCGACCCCGGCGAGAUAAAAGUUGGUACGUUUAUCCGGUCAAAUGGUAUUUAAAGCAGACGCUUGUUUGACAAUCAAGAUGGACUCGCGCUCUGUCGACCUCACCGCUGCACAUUCACCAUGUGUACAUGAGAUGCACAGGAGGAGAGGUUGGUGCCACAUCAGCCUUGGCCCCCAAAAUUGGACCCCUGGGUCUGUCUCCCAAGAAAGUUGGUGAUGACAUUGCCAAGGCCACCAGUGACUGGAAAGGCCUGAGGAUCACCGUGAAGCUGACUAUCCAGAACAGACAGGCAACGAUUGAGGUGGUUCCGUCUGCCUCUGCGCUUAUCAUCAAAGCGCUGAAGGAGCCCCCUCGUGACCGGAAAAAGGUCAAGAACAUCAAGCACAGUGGAAGUGUGACUUUCGAUGACAUUUUGGGUGUUGCUCGUGUCAUGCGGGCUCGUUCCAUUGCUAGGGAGAUGUCGGGAACCAUCAAGGAAAUUUUGGGUACAGCUCAGUCUGUUGGCUGCACCAUAGAUGGUCGUCCUCCUCACGAUGUCAUUGAUGACAUCAACAGUGGCAAAAUCGAGUGCCCAUCUGAGUAAUAAAAUGUUGGAAAUUGAA